AGUCGAGUCGCCUGCCCCUGCUGCUGCUUCCGCCGCCGCCGCCGCCGCCGCCGCCGCCGCCGCCGCCGCCGCCGCCGCUGGAGAAAGAGCAAGAGCCGGGAAGCCUCAGAGUGAAAUCCACCAUCCUGCUGGCUGGUCUGCUCGCCCCUCCUUCCUUCUCCCCCAACCCCCACCCCUCCCCCACAGGUGCCAUCCGCCGCCAUCCGCCCUCUCUGCCCCCCCAUCCCCAGGUGAGGGGGGUGAGUUCAGGAAGCAGAGACCCCGAGGAACCCAUCAGGGUCACCAUUUGCAGCGCAACAUGGCAGGAGCUGGAGGAGGGAAUGAUAUUCAGUGGUGUUUUUCUCAGGUGAAAGGAGCAGUAGAUGAUGAUGUAGCAGAAGCAGAUAUAAUUUCUACAGUAGAGUUCAAUCAUUCUGGAGAAUUGCUGGCAACAGGAGAUAAAGGUGGUAGAGUUGUCAUCUUUCAACAGGAGCAGGAGAACAAAAUCCAGGCUCAUAGCAGAGGAGAAUAUAAUGUUUACAGCACCUUUCAGAGCCAUGAACCAGAGUUUGACUACUUGAAAAGUUUAGAAAUAGAAGAGAAGAUCAACAAAAUUAGGUGGUUGCCCCAGAAAAAUGCUGCUCAGUUUUUAUUGUCUACCAAUGAUAAAACAAUAAAAUUAUGGAAAAUCAGUGAAAGGGACAAAAGACCAGAAGGGUAUAACUUGAAAGAGGAAGAUGGAAGGUAUAGAGAUCCUACUACAGUUACUACACUACGGGUACCAGUCUUUAGGCCCAUGGAUCUAAUGGUUGAAGCCAGUCCAAGAAGAAUAUUUGCCAAUGCUCAUACAUAUCACAUCAAUUCUAUUUCUAUAAAUAGUGAUUAUGAAACAUAUUUAUCUGCAGAUGAUUUGCGGAUUAAUCUUUGGCAUCUGGAAAUUACAGACAGAAGUUUUAAUAUUGUGGAUAUCAAGCCUGCCAAUAUGGAAGAACUAACAGAGGUGAUUACAGCAGCAGAAUUCCAUCCAAACAGCUGUAACACAUUUGUAUACAGCAGCAGUAAAGGAACUAUUCGGUUAUGUGACAUGAGGGCAUCUGCUCUCUGUGACAGACAUUCUAAAUUGUUUGAAGAACCUGAAGAUCCCAGUAACAGGUCAUUUUUUUCUGAAAUCAUCUCCUCUAUUUCUGAUGUAAAAUUCAGCCAUAGUGGUCGAUAUAUGAUGACUAGAGACUAUUUGUCAGUCAAAAUUUGGGACUUAAAUAUGGAAAACAGGCCUGUGGAAACCUAUCAGGUUCAUGAAUACCUCAGAAGUAAACUUUGUUCACUGUAUGAAAAUGACUGCAUAUUUGACAAAUUUGAAUGUUGUUGGAAUGGAUCUGACAGUGUUGUUAUGACUGGAUCUUAUAAUAAUUUCUUCAGAAUGUUUGACAGGAACACGAAGCGAGACAUAACCCUAGAAGCAUCACGGGAAAAUAAUAAACCUCGCACGGUUUUGAAGCCACGCAAGGUCUGUGCAAGUGGCAAGCGAAAGAAAGAUGAAAUAAGUGUUGACAGCCUAGACUUCAACAAGAAAAUACUUCAUACAGCCUGGCACCCUAAGGAAAAUAUCAUUGCUGUAGCAACCACAAACAAUCUGUAUAUAUUUCAAGACAAAGUGAAUUAGGGUUGGCGUUCCCAGCAGAAGAUCCCACUUCCUGCUUAGUUGAGAUAGUUGAAUCUAGUAUUCGUACCUAUAAAAGAGAGAGGUCCAUUGUGGCACCCCUUUCCAGUGUUUAACAAUGUGCCAUCUGACAACACAUUUUUAUAGCUACAUGGAGAAAGCUCUGUGGAUUCAUCACUCUGCUGUUCUCCAUGUCUGCUAGCCAUUUAGGUAAGGGUAGGGCACUUUUAAUUUAAAUGACUUCUUGCACCAUCUUGCCUAAUGGACUAGAUUGGACUGUAUCAACAUUGAUUUACUCCACUUUUUAUGCCUUCCAUUGUGAUGACGUCAAACACAGUGAAAGCCUUCAGUCAUGCUAUGGGAUUUAAUUGUGUAUCCUCAUUACUGUAUCAUUUGUGGGGUACACCCUCCCCCCUCCCCCCUUUUUAAAUUAAAUACAGCUCAUUCUUACUGUGGCUUGUAGCAUUCCUCCUCUCUGGCCUCCUGGACUCCUUCCAUUCAUCUCUCUUCCCCUUGCCUCUCCACCCAGUCUUGGUGGUGGUGUAUUAAAAAAAAGAAAGCAAGCAAGCACACAAAAUUAGUAGUCAUUUUGGGGUCAGUGGUAAAGGGGGUAUAUGUUGCGAACAAAUGUUUUUAAUAACAGUUGGCUGUAAUCACUCCUUGCCAUGUCUGGCACUUGAAAAUAAGGAAAAAAAAAACUACUGAAUAAAAGUGACAAAGAAUGGAGAAUCUGGUUUUCUUUUUCUUUUAAUCUACCUCUUCAAGCCAAUAUUUUGUCUUAACCCUUGGGUGCAGUGAAAUGAAAUAAGUUUUCAUUGUUUUAUUGGUAUUUUUGUUAUUUUAAGAAGUUUUUUUUUUUUACAUGGAGAAGGAGAGGUAUUGGUUCUGUGAAAUGUUUUGAAUAUAUAUUGGUAUUAUUAAGGAGUGCACAAUUUAUAAAAUGCUACUAAAGACUUUUUUACUGAAGUUAGGAGGGUAUGGGGCACAUUGUAUUUACACUUUAUCUGUUAAUGAAAUUGUUGUAAAUGGGAACCAAAUUUGUAGAACCUCAUUUUUUAAAACAUUUUACAGUGAUUAAUUUCAUUUUUGCCUUGCUAAAUACCAAGUCCAACAUUAAAUAAUUUUUAACAAGUUAAAGCUUUUUUGUUAUUCAAUCAUAUAACAAAAUAAACUAGUAUCAGGUGAUUUGCCUAGAUAAAAUUUGACACUGCAAUAGAUACAAAUUUUUUUUUUUUUUUUGUAUUUUACUGCUAUAAAAUCUGAAUGAAAUGUACUUACCAUAGAUGUUUUUCUUCUAUUUUUGGUUUUCCAAAGCUAUUAUUAUUAAAGACAAUUAAAGGCACAGUGUUCAAAAAGUGCUUAAUGUACUCCAACAGUUGCCUCAAAUAAAAAUUUAGUAAUCUGUGUAUGACUACAUUGUCCAUAAGUGAUACUUUAUCCAAAGAUGAAGAGUAUCCCUAUUUUUAAAAGGUAAAAUGUACCUUUGUCAGUCUUCCAGAAGCUUUACUUGAGAAAAAAUGGAGUUUAUUUUUAAAAGAUAAAUUGAGUGGGCAUUUAUAUUAUUAAAGAAUGUUAGUAUAUUUUGGUUGUGUGGUAGUAUAACCACCUUGAAUUUUAGAGGACUGAGUGCUUCUUAUAUGUCCACUACUUAUUGUUCUGUUCUUAUCUUCAAUAAUGAAAAAUGGUUAAACAAUUAAACCAUAAUUCCCUCUACACUUAUACAAACAUUGUCUUGUAAAUUAACAUUUUUAGCAUACAGGAGAAAUUUUAUGUAAUAAAAUCUUGGACUUAAGUCUGAAUUUGUAUUUAAACACUGAAUAUAUGUCUGAUCAUUCUUAAGAUAAUGGCACUUUUACUUAUUUAUUUGAGAGUCUUGGGUAGCAUUUGCAAUUGUUAUUUAUACAGACUUGACUGGGAAGUGGGAUGUUCCCCUGCCAUACGUACCAAAUGGUGACAUUGUUUUCUGAUUGGGCCACUUUCCAGAAGAUACUUUGGGGAGGUUGUUUCCCUAACCUUUGGAUGCAUGUCUUGAGAUAAAACCACCUAACAUUUUGUGGAAAUUCUUUUUUGAUUCAUCAGUAGGUAUGAUGAUUCUCAUCCAUGACACUAAGGGUUGGAUUUUUAUACUUAAGAGAAACAUUUCUAAAAUCAAAUGCCUCUAUCAAGGAAUGCUAUUAUAAAUCAUUGUAACAGUAUUCUCAAGUAUUAAUUUUUACUUUCUUUGGUGUAGCAAAUUAUUAAGCCCAGCCACUCAUUUUAUGUGGUCAUGGUUAAUCUUUUUAUUAAUAAAAAUUAUACUUAGAAUAAA